UUUCCGCCCCAACCAUGUACAUAUUCGGCAUUGGUAUUGGUGCCACUAUUGAAUUGAUAUUUUCGCUUUAUGUUAAAUCAAUUUGAAAUUUGAAAAAUUGUCUGCACAUCAGCAUCAAAAUACCUUUCUAUACUACUGAUACUCUAGUGACAACGUAUAAUAGCAUAGACAGACGGUAGCAUUGAUCCGGAUUAACAUUGCAGUUGAUCUGAUCAAAACUUUACCCUCGCAGACGGCAGUAAUGCAGAUUAAAGAGCUGCGAGGUCGAGAGUUCGAUCCUACGACCAGUAGAAUUUACUUUUUUUUAUUUUAUUCAAUUAUUAUUUUUAUUUUUUUAUGUGGUUUUUAGUUGAUGUGGACUUUUUUAAUAAAUUAAACUCUAAAAAUUAUGUACAUAAAUGUAAUGACUUGAAAUUUUAGAUAGCUGGAAAAACUUUCAAACCACAAAAUAUUCUAAGGACCAAUUUUUCCGUGCCAGUUUAAGCUUAGAUUAAAUUAAGUAAACUGUAAAACAAGCAAUUUUUAAGCAAAAAACAAAACCCACUUCAAUUCAUAUAUAAAAAUUUAAGAUUAUCGUUAAUUUUUUAUGAUCCAAUGACCGGAUUUAAACCACCUGUGACACCUUUCCUUAAAAAAAAAAAGAAUUAUCGAAAUCGGUUAACGUGGUCCAAAGUUAUGCGGUAACAUUCAUAAAAAAAUAUAUAUUCCGAUGAACUGAUAACCGUCUCCUUUUCGUGAAGUCGGUUAAUAAAUAAAAUCGUCUUAUACUUAUUUUUCACGCUCAAUAUAUAUAGACUGCCAAACAAAAUCCAUUCAUUGCAAUGGAACUACGACACUAAUGAGUUAUUUUAGAAUUCUAUACUCAAUUUUCGACAGGGUUAGUAUAGAAACAAAUUAUGUUUCCACACUUGAAUACUGAGUGAGGGUAUGAGUGCGCUCGAGAUGAAAAUACGAAAUUAUUUAAAAGAUAAAAAAACGCUCUCUGAGGGUCGACUCUCAUUCGAAAGUUAUCUUUAAAUUUGUGCAAUAAAAAUCGAUCGCUAUUUAAUUGCUGCAUGUAAGUUAGUUCUCCACUGUGAAAACGGGCUUUAUCGUGAUAAAAACUUGUUUUUUUUAACGGAUGUUUUUCACCUUUUCAAUAACAUUCUUCAGAUAGCAAAAAAGCAUAAUUUUUAUUGGUGUAACAUUUUUGAAGUUAGCUGCAAAUACUUACUUGGCAUUGAACGUGAAAAGAGUUGGGUCGUAAAGCAAUUUGUGUAUGAUUAUUUACAUAUGGACUUUUGCAUAUAACUUCAUCUCCAAUUGGCACCAAUAUUGUUUGUCGUCCCGAAAAUGAUGAACCAUCAGUAUCAUCAAACGGCCAUUGCAUUAAGGUUUCUGUUCUAUUUUCCUAUUAUCGUUAAGUAUAUAUUAUACAACACACGAUAUUUAUUUUACCCCUUUUUUUCUCUUUUCAGCUACUCCUACGAAUUAAUUAAAGAGAUCGCUGAUUUCUUAUUGGAGCGCAUCGACAUUCGUCCCAAGGUUGGCAUAAUUUGCGGUUCGGGUCUAAACUCGAUGGCCGAUCACAUCACAGACACGCAAGCCUUCGACUACAAGGACAUCCCGCAUUUUCCUGUCUCUACAGUUGAGGGUCAUGUGGGUCGCAUGAUUUUUGGCUAUCUAGAAGGCAUGCCUGUGGUGGCCAUGCAAGGUCGCUUUCACUACUACGAAGGUUAUCCGCUAGCCAAGUGUUCUAUGCCUGUGCGCGUUAUGAAGUUAGUCGGAAUUGAAUAUCUUUUUGCAACAAAUGCUGCAGGCGGUCUAAAUCCCAAG